UGUCCGUGUUCACUUACUGUGAAGAUUUGAAAUCAGACGACUACAGCUUUGAUUCUCCCAAGUGUUUCAGGAUGUAAAUAUAGUCUGACCUUUCCCUGAUGGGCAGUUAAAUCAUGGACACGCUAAACAAUUUACUUUGGACUGUCCUUUCAAAAGAUGCUCUGGCUUCUCUCUUGAAUGCGCACUAAGCAUUUGUAACUGACAAGGAAAAGAAAGGAGACUGUGAACAGGAAAGCUAUCUUACAAUGAAAAUUACGAGCACAUCUUGCAUCUGUCCAGUCCUAGUGUGUCUCUGUUUUGUGCAGAGGUGUUAUGGAACUGCUCACCACAGCUCCAUCAAGGUGACCAGAAACCAGACCAAACAUAUUGAAGGAGAAACCGAAGUCCACCACCGUCCCAAAAGGGGAUGGGUUUGGAAUCAGUUCUUUGUUUUAGAAGAACAUAUGGGACCAGAUCCUCAGUAUGUUGGAAAACUGCACUCCAAUUCAGACAAAGGUGAUGGGUCUGUCAAAUACAUUCUUACUGGAGAAGGUGCUGGGACUAUAUUUAUCAUUGAUGAUACCACUGGUGACAUUCACUCAACGAAAAGCCUAGACAGAGAGCAGAAGACCCACUAUGUGCUUCAUGCCCAAGCUAUUGACAGACGAACAAACAAGCCUCUUGAACCUGAAUCCGAGUUCAUAAUCAAAGUACAAGACAUCAAUGACAAUGCUCCGAAGUUCACAGAUGGACCAUACAUCGUGACUGUGCCUGAAAUGUCGGAUAUGGGUACCUCUGUUCUGCAGGUGACAGCUACUGAUGCAGAUGACCCUACCUAUGGAAACAGUGCUCGUGUGGUGUACAGUAUUCUCCAGGGACAGCCCUACUUCUCCGUAGAUCCUAAAACAGGAGUUAUUAGAACUGCCUUACAUAAUAUGGACAGAGAAGCCAGAGAACACUAUUCAGUGGUCAUUCAAGCCAAAGACAUGGCUGGGCAAGUUGGCGGGCUUUCUGGAUCGACAACGGUCAACAUCACCCUGACUGAUGUCAACGACAACCCGCCACGGUUUCCUCAGAAACACUAUCAGCUGUAUGUUCCUGAGUCAGCUCAAGUUGGUUCAGCUGUUGGGAAAAUCAAAGCAAACGAUGCAGACACUGGUUCAAAUGCUGACAUGACCUACUCUAUCAUUAACGGUGAUGGUAUUGGGAUAUUCUCCAUCUCCACUGACAAAGAGACCAGAGAAGGGAUCCUUUCUUUAAAGAAGCCACUGAACUAUGAGAAAAAGAAAUCAUACACUCUCACCAUAGAAGGAGCAAAUACACAUCUUGAUUUCCGCUUUUCUCACUUGGGUCCUUUUAAAGAUGCUACCAUGCUGAAGAUCAUUGUUGGAGAUGUGGAUGAACCACCCCUCUUUUCCAUGCCUUCCUAUGUCAUGGAAGUCUACGAAAAUGCCAAAAUCGGGACUGUCGUUGGCACAGUUUUGGCACAAGAUCCUGACAGUGCUAAUAGCUUAGUAAGGUACUUCAUUGACUACAAUGCUGAAGAUGACAGAUGUUUCAACAUUGAUGCCAAUACUGGAACUAUUAGGACUACAAAGGUCCUUGAUAGAGAAGAAACUCCAUGGUACAACAUCACAGUGGCUGCCUCAGAAAAUGACAAUCCUGGUUUGCUGAGCCAUGUCACAGUGGGUAUUAGAGUUCUGGAUGUCAAUGACAAUCCACCCGAACUUGCCAGGGAAUACGAUAUUGUUGUCUGUGAAAAUUCAAAGCCUGGCCAGGUGAUUCAUACGAUCAGUGCCACUGAUAAAGACGAUUUUGCAAAUGGACCAAGGUUUAACUUUUUUCUUGAUGAACGCCUAUCUAUAAACCCAAACUUCACUCUGAAGGACAAUGAAGAUAACACAGCCAGCAUUCUGACAAGGCGGAGGCGAUUUAGUCGAACUAUUCAGGAUGUGUAUUAUCUCCCCAUUAUGAUCUCUGAUGGUGGAAUCCCCUCUCUCAGCAGCAGCAGUACCCUCACGGUCAGGGUUUGUGCAUGCGAGAGAGACGGGCGAGUGCGGACCUGCCACGCGGAAGCGUUCCUGUCCUCGGCUGGCUUGAGUACAGGGGCCUUAAUCGCUAUUCUGCUGUGUGUUGUCAUUCUCCUAGCAAUUGUAGUACUUUUUAUCACCCUGAGACGCAGCAAAAAAGAGCCGCUGAUCAUCUCUGAGGAGGAUGUGAGGGAGAAUGUGGUCACCUAUGAUGAUGAGGGUGGCGGAGAGGAAGACACCGAGGCCUUUGACAUCACAGCCUUGAGGAACCCAUCUGCCGCUGAGGAGCUCAAGUAUCGGAGAGAUAUCAGACCCGAAGUGAAACUCACCCCCAGACACCAGACAUUGUCCACCCUGGAAAGUAUAGAUGUUCAGGAAUUUAUCAAGCAAAAACUGGCAGAAGCCGACCUAGACCCCAGCGUCCCCCCUUAUGACUCUCUUCAGACUUAUGCUUAUGAAGGUCAGAGAUCAGAGGCUGGGUCUAUCAGCUCACUGGAUUCAGCGACCACACAGUCAGACCAGGAUUAUCACUACCUUGGAGACUGGGGACCUGAAUUUAAAAAGUUAGCUGAACUCUAUGGAGAAAUAGAAUCUGAAAGAACAACUUAGGGGGUUAAUUCUUGCAAUCUUGUAGAAUUUGCUUCCUGAGCAAGUGGAGAUACAACCUCAACAAUGACAAAGAAGAAACGUGGAGACAGUACUUGGAACUGAGCAAGCUGUACACAGCUACUGUAGAAACAAGUGCCCUUUCCAUGAUCGAAACUUGGUUAUUUAAUCAGAAGACAGUCAAAUUAAAAAAAAAAAAAAUACAGAGAAAAAGCUAUUGUUCCUUGUGUAUAUUUUCAAUUGCUCAAUAAAGUCUGUGGUACUGUUUAAUUAA